AUGGAUACUCAAGCCAAAGUGAUUCCUGUUGUUCUCCAUGGAGAGAACUACUUCUACUGGUCCAAAGCAGCGAAAGCAGUGCUGCGAAGUCGUGGUUUAUGGAGCCACAUCGUUGAUGAAGAAGAAGCAUCCGCGGUUCAAACCGCAGCAACCGAAACCGGUCAAGGUGCACCAAACGUUGCCAUAGUUUCUGACAAAAAGAAAUGGACUCAAGAAGAUCAGUUGGCUCUCACAAUAUUGCAAAGCUCACUUGAUCAGAACAUUCUUCGAUCCUUCAUUGCCCCGGAAACGGCCAAAGCUUUGUGGGAAUCACUUCAGAAAGUGUACGGUAAUAUGUCCAACUUAAGUCGAGUAUUUGAGAUUAAGAAGAAGAUGUUUAACUUGCAGCAAAACGGCAAGCCUUUCAACAUGAUUCAUGGAGACUUUAGUGCUCUAUGGUCAGAACUCGAGGAGCUUCGACCCGUCACUACGGAUAUCAAAGAAUUUCUGGCACGUGCGGAGGAAGAUAAGGUUUUUUCCAUUCUCCUUACGCUUGAUGGAUCGUUCAAUGACCUUACUUAUCAUAUUUUACGUCAAGACAAACUUCCAUCGUAUGAUGAAGUUUGCAUGAUGAUAAAAAGAGAGGAAGGCGGACGAAAUUUGUUUGCAGGCCCGAGUGAAAUUGCCCAUUAUCGCAAGGCAAGUUUCACUCCGAAUCCGAAUGCCCGAGAUCGUCGAAACCUCAUAUGUGCACACUGCAAAAAACCCGGUCAUGUUCGUGAUAAAUGCUGGCUUAUUCAUCCUCAUCUCAAGCCUGCAAAAUACAAGGAUGCUCCAACACACACUCACGAAUCGGCCAUGCAUAGCAACAACACCGUAACCCUCUCUUCGGAUGAAAUGCUUGGCCUAAAGAAUCUACUCCUUGCCAUGAAGGACAAGGAGUCCGGUAACGUCUCUUCUCUGUUAAAUAAUAUUUCUCAUCCUCUCAUCAUUGAUUCUGGUGCUACUAGCCAUAUGAUUAGUGAUUCUACGUUAUUGCAUAAUCUUAAACGAGCAUGUGGUAUUGUAUCAGUGGCAAAUGGCAAGCAUGUUCCAAUUAAAGGCCAAGGAAAAUUAAAAAUAUUUAACAAAGAUGUUUCAGCCUAUCAUGUUCCCGAUUUUCAAACUAAUUUACUCUCAAUUCCUGCAUUAACGGACCAAAUCGAUUGCUCGGUUACCUUUGAUGCUAACAAAGUGGUUUUUCAGGAUACUAAAACGGGUGACACAACAAUUUAUAAUUCUUGUUUCGAUUUGGUUCAUUCGGAUGUUUGGACAUCGCCCUGCUUUUCUCGAGAUGCAAUGAAAUACUUUGUUACGUUUAUUGAUGAAAAGUCUAAGUAUACUUGGAUUUAUCUUCUUCCGUCUAAGAGUGGCGUUUUUGAUGCAUUCAAAAAUUUUUUUGCUUAUAUUUCUAACCAAUUUGGAACAUCUAUUAAGAUUCUUCGAACAGAUAAUGGCGGAGAAUACACAAGCAAGGCAUUUCGAGAUUUUUUAUCGAACCAUGGGAUUGUUCAUCAACGAUCUUGUCCGUACACGCCUCAACAAAAUGGGGUCGCUGAACGCAAGAAUCGUCAUCUCAUGGAAGUGGCUCGGACCUUACUCUUCCACCGAAAUGUUCCUAAAACGUAUUGGGGAGAUGCUGUCACGUUAGCAUGUUACAUUAUCAAUCGUUUGCCAACAAAGAUCUUACACGAUCGUUCUCCGUAUGAGAUGGACACCGUAGCAAGCUUGAUCCCAAGAGCUUACGAUGCAUUUUUCUCGGCUAUCCGUCAUCUCAAAAAGGCUACAAAUGUUAUCAUCCUCCCACUCGCCAUAUGUUUCCAGCAAUCUCAUGAAUCAGAAUCGGACCACAGUCUCACUGACGUUGCACCACAGACCGGAUCUGAUCAUGAUCCUCAGGGGGAACUUGAGCAACUCGCCGAUCUCGACGACGAUAUCCCACCUGAUUCGCAGGAACAUACGUCUGACCGAGAACCUAGCACUCGAGAUGAGAGAGACCAAGCUGCAGCAGCACCUGAUUCUUCCUCAACGUCCGACUUGCAACAUUAUAUGUUAGCUCGUGACAGGAACAGGCGUGUUGUUCAACCACCACUGCGUUACAGACAAGACCAGCCUUCUUCCAUCUCCAAAUCUGCUCGCCCACUUGGCACUCUAGAGGCAACCGAAGUUGUUGUUGUUCCCCAUGAACCAGUUGUUGCUGACCAGAUUGUGAAUUCUGCUGCACAACAUCGCCACAGUUCGAAAUCAUUUUCGCAGCUUCAUUGCAACACACAUACGGUUAAAUAUCCCAUUCAACAUUGUUACUCUAUUGAUCAUUUGUCUCCUCACGAUAUUGCCUUUCUUAGUAGAAUUGAUCAGGGGGAAGAGCCAACUACUUACGAUGCAGCGAACCAACACCAAGUAUGGAGAGACGCCAUGCAAGACGAAAUUUCCGCCCUUGAGAAAAACGGCACAUGGAUCGUAACAUCUCUUCCCGAGGAUAAGAAACCCGUGGGUAGCAAAUGGGUUUAUAAAAUCAAGUAUCGAAGCAAUGGGGACAUCGAGCGAUAUAAAGCAAGAUUGGUCGCAAAGGGAUUCACCCAAACCUACGGAGCGGACUACACUGAGACUUUUGCCCCGGUGGCCAAUCUUAAAUCCUUUCGUGUUAUUUUAUCCUUAGCUACUAACCUUUCAUGGGACUUGUGGCAGAUGGAUGUCCGAAAUGCAUUUCUUCAAGGGGACCUUGAAGAAGAAAUUUAUAUGGCACCUCCUCCUGGACUUCAAGAAAAAAUUGGUUAUGGCAAGGUGUGUCGUCUAAAGAAAGCAAUUUACGGACUCAAACAAUCACCAAGAGCAUGGUACCAAAAACUUCACUCGGCCUUGAUAUCACACAAUUUCACUCGCAGUGAAGCCGAUCAUUCCCUAUUCGUUCGUAAGACUAAAAUUGGUAUCAUCGUUCUUCUUAUCUAUGUUGAUGAUAUCGUUAUCACCGGUAAUGAUACGCUUGGUAUAGCUGAGACUAAGAGAUUUCUACAACAUGAGUUCGACAUUAAAGAUCUUGGUGAACUUAAGUAUUUUCUUGGCAUUGAGAUCAUUCGUUAUCCUCACGGCAUAUUUCUUUCACAACGCAAGUAUACACUUGAUCUGCUUAGUGAUACAGGAAAGCUCGGAGCUAAGCCGGUUCGGACGCCAUUAGAGACAUCUUAUAAGGAUCAACGCGAGGGGGAAUGUUUCACAGAUAUCACACAAUAUCGACGCGUUGUAGGUAAGUUGAUCUAUCUAACUAUCACCCGACCUGAUAUUUGUUUUUCUGUGAACCAGAUAAGUCAAUGGAUGCAUGCACCAACGACUUUACAUUGGAAUAUGGUGGAACGAAUACUCAAGUAUUUAAAAGGAACACCAAGCAAAGGAGUUUGGAUGCAAUGCAACAAAGACACUGGAAUCUCAGGGUAUUGCGACGCAGAUUGGGCUGGAGAUAGAAUAGAUCGAAAAUCAACAACCGGCUUUUGUACCUUUGUGGGUGGUAAUCUUGUCACAUGGAAAAGUAAGAAACAAACAGUGGUCGCGCGGUCAAGUGCCGAAGCCGAAUACAGAGCAAUGGCUAAUACGACAUGUGAGCUCAUGUGGUUGAAGAGUCUUCUUCAUGAUCUCGGUAUUACAUCGCCACAACCAAUGCCACUUCACUGUGACAAUCAAGCCGCAAUACACAUAGCGGCUAACUCUGUGUUUCAUGAGAGGACAAAACACAUCGAGGUAGAUUGUCAUCUCAUUCGCGAAAAAAUUACCCAAGGAGUCAUCACUACAAUCUAUACCAAAAGCUCGGAGCAACUCGCUGACAUCUUUACCAAAGCUACAAGUUCUUAUGUGUUAGACAAACUCCUCCGCAAGAUUGGCCUUGUCGAAAAUCAAGAACCAAUCUUGAGGGGGAAUGUUAAAGCAAAUGAAGAAACGAAACCUGAAGACACGUCAAGAAACAAUGAUCGAGAGAAUGGAGAGUUACUUGAGAGACAAGUAACAACGACACACUAA